UGGAAAUCUCAACUCUUCAGGGAUGGGCAUGGGCAUGGGUGGCAUGAACAUGGGCAACCUUGGAAUGGGCAUCUCCACCCCGUUACCCAACAUGAUGAAUACCCCCGGCAGUGCCCCGCCUACGAACAUGGUCGACGGCAUGUCUAUGCAGCGCCCUGGUACGUCGAUGGGUAGCAUCACCGCGACGUCGCUCGGCGGUUCGAUGAGCGGUGGUGGUGGCUUCGCGAAUCAGUUUGGUGGCAUGAGUAGUGGCAACAUGAUGAGCAGCCAACCCCAGCCUACUCCUGCGGUCUCUCAUGGACCACAGCCCGGCAUGAUGAACCAGCAACAGCAACAGCAACAGCACUUCAGCAUGAUGCUCCAAAUGGCGGGGAUGACUCGCGAGCAGUUCGCAAGCCUCAAUCAGCACGACAAACAGAUUAUGAUGGAGCGGAUGUCGAUGAAGAUCAAAGAACGGCAGAGGCAACAAGAGCUGCAGAUGAUGGCGCAGAUGGGAGGCAUGAUGAGCCAGCAGCCUCAGCAGCAGCCCCAACCCCAACCCCAGCAGCAGUUCCCCGGCGCUGGGUUUGGUAACGACAGACCUUCUAGUACAACUUCACAUGGUCCCACUAUGAUGCCGCCUCCACCACCAGGAGUGCGCCCGGGGACUGCGAUGGGUAUGCGACGGGCUCCCAGUGUCGACCAAGUUCGUCCUCCUAGCCGUAUCGGAGACAUGAUGAAUCCGUCGAUGUUUCCCAAAGCGUUGCCUGAUCAGCAACCCGGAAAUGCAUACCCUCAGCACGGUCACACAUCGCCUGUCGGUGCUCGCGUUGCAGGAAGCCCAAGGAUUGACAGUACCGGCCCGAACAUGUUCCCUCCAGCGGGUACAACUAGUGGUGGGUACCCAAUUGGCAGCUCUGGGAACGUCUCACCGACGAGACCCAUGUCUGCGAGUCCGAACAGUGUUGGUUUUGUUAGCAAUGGUGCUAUGAAAGGAACGCCUGCGCUGAACAGAGUAAAUGCUGUCCCUCAAACACCCACAACUCCGCGGAUAGCAACUCCAUCAAAUAUGAAUGUGUUGGUGACACCACAACCUCUGGCGCCGACCCAGCAACCGAUUCAGCAACCGCCUGCCCCCACGCCUAUGCCUUCUGGCCCGUCUUCAAUGCCGAUUCCUGUCGCUCCAAAUGCUUCUACGUCAACUCGCGCUCCUACACCUGCACCGACCGCACCGACUACAACCGCUACUACAUCUCCUUCCGCUGUAGCGUCGGCGGACCCUACACCUGCUAUUGCGAAGCUCCCUCCACUGCCACCAACAAAUCCAACAGUGACAGAAGUCACUACAGUUCCACUGAAAGACUCGUUGAAGCUCAUUCCAGAGUUGAGCGAAACAGAGAUCAACGACGUCAAAGACUGGAUGAAGCUUGAUAAGGAGUACGAGAACGUGUAUGAGGAGAUGCGGAAGCGGAUGGCAGCGGAGCGGGAAGCGCUAGGCAAAAGGUGGUGGGAAAGAGGAGGUGGCAUAAAUGUUGGUUUGGGCGCUGUUAUACCGGCAUGGGGAAAUCGGGGAAGAGGCUUUGAUGUCAGGUAUCCCAAUUCAAGACCUAGAAGGGAUGGCAGACGAGGCAAAGUCGCUAAGAGAGAGGGGUUGAAGCUGCCUAGAAAGAUCGACGCUCGAUACGCGAACCUGCCAGAGCAGCUUGUACCCAUCCGACUGGAGUUUGAUGUUGAGCAACAUCAUAAGAUGCGGGACACGUUCGUUUGGAAUUUGAAUGACCCCGUGAUCACUCCAGAAAAUUUCGCACAAUCUGUGGUUGAAGAUUAUAACCUAUCUUCGAGCUAUCAUUCCGUCAUUGUUAAAUCUAUUCAGGAUCAACUCAGUGAUUUUAAAGCACAUUCGACCAAUUACGAUGGCGAAGGAGGUGAUUAUGUUGCCGACGUUGCAUUGGCUGCCCCCGAGAAAGGAUUGUUGGAUGAGGAAAGCUCGUUGUGGUGGAGGAAGUGGCGAAAACGGGUGAGGAAAGAUUAUACUGUAAAUGGAGCCGAGAAGGCUCGAAAAAGACGGAAAGUGGUUGAAGACGAACAACUCAUGAGCGUGGAGGACUUUCAUAUGGAUGAGAACGAGACACACGAAGAUAUGAGGGUCGUCAUCAAGCUGGAUAUCAUUGUCGGGGCGAUGAAGCUUGAUGACCAGUUUGAAUGGGAUAUAGAAAAUCCGCAUGCGUCCCCUGAAAGUUUUGCGGACAUAUACGUUCAAGAACUGGGGUUGGGUGGUGAAUUUAGAACUGCCAUCGCCCACUCUAUACGAGAACAAGUGCAGGCGUACCAAAAGUCCCUCUUCCUGGUUGGACAUCCUUCCGAUGGUACACCGAUACAAGAUGACGAGCUGCGACUAUCAUUCCUUCCUGGUUUAUCAUCAGGUGCUCGGGCACUAGAUCAAGUGCAGUCGUUUACACCGAUGCUGAACUAUCUGAGUGACGGCGAGAUCGAGCGGCACGAGAAGGAGCGUGACAAGGACAUGAAUAAGCGGCGAAAACGAAAUACAAGGGGCCGGCGAGGCGUCGCUUUACCAGACCGAGAGCCGAUCAGGACCUAUCGCACGCCUGCUAUUGGGUUCCCUGAGCUGGAUCCUGCUAUUCUUGCUCUUCAAGUUGCCGCCAAUGCGCCCACGUCGCGCAGAGCUGCAGCCGCGGCUGCUUCUCUCACCAUUGCAAACAUGGUGGCAUCUGAAAACGGAACACCCCUCCUUCCUCAAACACUACCCACCGCUCCCCAGCAACCACAGCCUGCUGCCCCCAAGGAGAAGAAGCCAAAGGGGCACUUCAAAGCUCCUCCAUUGCCUCCAUCCGUCUUACGGCCCCGGGCCAAGCUCACGUCCGUGCCUCCCUCCACUGCUGCAGAUGGCGCAUCUUCCACAUUGGAUGGCGAUGCUGCGCACUCCAUGAAUACUCUCCCGAAGGUGGUGACGGCGAAGAGGGCAAAAGAGUUGGAACGGGAAGCGAAGGAGAAGGAAUUUGCUGACGGUCAGCACGCUAACUUCAUAGAUGGUGUCUGGCACUGCUCCAACUGUGGUUGUCCUGAGAGCAUCGCCAUUGGUAGGAGGAAAGGACCGCUGGGCGAUAAGUCACAAUGCGGUACUUGCGGCAAGUUCUGGCAUCGGCAUCGUCGUCCUCGGCCGGUCGAAUACAACACAGAUCCUGAUUUCCAUUCGAAUGUCAAACGGGACAGUGAGCUUGCGAGAACAAUUGGCAAGAAGAAGGGAGGUGCUGCUGCUCUGCGGGCACAGAGUGGAACGGUCCCAACGACUCCAGCUUCAGAGCCUCAAUCCCCCCGGACCAAACCAGACGAAGAAUCUGCGCCAAGAUUGUCGCCUGUGCCUCCUCCGUCAAAAGCGGAAACCGCCCUUUCUCCUGUGUCAACGACAUCAAGCGCUUCGGAGGCGCCCUUGGCUCAACGGGCAAAGGCAAAUGGGACCAGUAAUAGCCAUACACCGUCUGUUGCGCCUGCUUCUUCUGCCCCCCCUCCGGCACCUGCUUCCACAUCACCGCCGCCGCCGGACGCCCCUACUUCUGUCCAAGAAUCAUCGGCGCCACCGCCAAGUCAAUCUGGGCCUCCGGGACCACCUUCUCAACGGUCGUGGCCUCCUCAAUGGCUAGCCACCUGUAUGCAAGGCAUUCAAUAUCGUUUCCCAUCUGAUAAAUUUGAGGUGGCUCUCCGCAAGGUCACAGCGAAUAGUGACCCAGAGUGGCGGAUAAAAUGUCUAGAUUGUCCUGGCAAGUUGUACAAGCCUGGUCCGGGCGAGACCCUUUCAAACUUUGAGGUACACUUGAGAAAUAAUACGCACCGACGGGUGGUGGAGAAGCGUGUUGCUGCUGCUUCGUCUGGGUCAUGAUAGUGUCCACCUGCUUUAUCCGUUUAUCUGUUUCUGACUCUAUAACCUGUUGUUUGCUUGUUACUUACUACAAGGCUGUGUGUAUUCUUAUACGUUUUCUGUAAUUAUGAUAUGGACAGGUACAGCGGGUGAACACGAUCCAUCUUUCCUUUGCUUAUUCGUAGCUUAACCGAC